UUGUUUUCUUUCUAUCAUCGGCUAUUUGCGGCAGCUCUGGUGCUCUGGCCAGUUCUUAAGCAUAAACUUGCUGUUGCAGCUGGUAAGCGAUGUUCCUGCAGCGCACUCGUUGAUUUUCUUCACAAAUUUGUCAAAAUAUAUCGGCCCGCUCGUGCAAGCCGCUUCGUCGUAGCCGGUCGCAAACAGCAGCGAUGGCGGCGAUAAUGUGAGCGAGGAACCGCCGAAUUCGCCAAGUUCAUCAUGUCUUGCGACUACGCGAGCGGGCUCUCCGAGUACGCCGACAAAGGCAUCUGCGGCCAGCCCGAACACUUCGACGAGCAGUCGCUGCUCGAAGACAAGAUAGCGCGUCUCGCCGACUGGAUGCGUGCCUCCAAGCACAUCGUCGUCAUCACCGGUGCCGGCAUCAGCACUUCGGCCGGCAUCCCGGACUUCCGAGGUCCACGAGGCGUCUGGACCCUCGAGCAGCAGGGAGAGAAGCCCCAGGUCGACAUUUCGUUCGACGACGCCGUACCGACCCCCACACACAUGGCACUCGUGGCGCUCGCGCGGAGCUCUCAGUUGAAGUUUCUGGUCAGCCAGAACGUGGACGGCUUGCACCUCAAGUCGGGCUUCCCUCCGGAGAUCCUCACCGACCUGCACGGAAACAUGUUUCUCGACCGCUGCAACCAGUGCGGUCGCCAGUUUGUCAGGACCACGGCGACCAAGUCGGUCGGCCAGAAGCCCACGGGGGAGCCCUGCCCCGUGCCCAAGAAGAACGGCAGGCUCUGUCGCGGUCGCCUGCACGACUCCAUACUGGACUGGGAGCACGAACUUCCGGAGGACGCCAUCGACGCGGCCGACCUGCACUGCAGGGCCGCGGACCUCAUCCUGUGCCUCGGUUCCACCCUCCAGAUCGUGCCGUGCGGCGCGCUGCCUCUGCUGGCCAAGAAGACCGGAGGCAAGAUCGUCAUCUGCAACUUGCAGCCCACCAAGAUCGACAAGUCGGCCAACCUGAUCCUUCGCGCCUACGUGGACGACGUGAUGGAGAAACUGAUGAAGCAGCUGGGCAUCGCGAUUCCGUCCUACUCCGCUGAGUGCGACCCCACAAAGAUUAAACGCGAGGCGCCAAUGGAGUACCCGAAGCUGAGACUCCCAGAGGUCAAGGCGCCGGCGCCCCGUAAGUACAAGAAAAAGCCCCCGAAGAGAGAGAAUACCUCGCCGGCCAGUGAGAAGCCAGCGGUCAAAAAAGAACGCCGAUUGUCGUCCACCGAUGCGACCGGUUGACAGCAGGUCCUCGCUUUUUCAUUUUUUUUUUUUUGCAGCCAUAGCGACAGGUCAUGUGAUCAUUGUUGUAUAAUGUUUGUGUGUAGUGCGUCGUGAUGUGAUAUGAAGUGGCGGUGUUUGGGGCCACCGCUUUCAAAUACCCGCACGUCUUUAUACUGCUCCAAACAGAUGCCUCGUAUUGUGACGUGCUUUUGUUUAUUGCUUAUAGUGUAAACUUCGAUGUCAUUGUCGUUACAUUACCCUGAUGUUCUUUUAUCGAAGCGUGCAUCCAUGCGGCAUGCGGAGCUAACUUAUUUUAAACUUAACAGGACGUAUUCGUUUGCUUUUCAUGAUACUGAAUGCCCUCUUUUGUUUUUUCAUAGUUGUGUAAAAAUCGGAGUAGCCAAGACAUGUGCCGACAAUUACAUUACUUAUAAUAGCUGUAGCUGGAGGAAAUAAUUUACACAUCAUCAUAACUCGCAAAUCAUGCUGUUCAAAUGAAAACGUUGCUGACAUUCAUGAGCAGAUUUGUUUGGAGAGCAUGCACUAAUUUGUGAGACACUUGUGCAGACCGCAAGUUUAUCAAAAAUAAUUUUAAUUCCCAGCUGCUUGUUCAGUUGUGUAUCUAGAGGGAAUAUUAUUUGGUAAAAACUAACCUCAGCUGGAGACGGGUCGCUCAGGUGUGAGCCGGAUAUUUUGAGAAGCACGGACUGCUCUCAUCUUAAUGGCGGUGUGCAAAAAAAAAAUGAAAAUGGUGGCACAGAAGAAAGAAAACUAAAUGCAGUGCACAAUUGUGGGGCACUGCGUUUAGUUUGCCCCCUUCUGUGCUAUUGUCUUUUGGCACACCACCGUUAAAAGGACCCUGGAACGGUUUGGCGAUUUUCUGAAAACACAUUGAGCCGAUAAACCAAGUCCUAAGGGUAAUUCAAAGACCCCUAUGAGCUCUCUGCGUACACUGUGUAAUUUAUCACAAUGCUUUAAAGCUGCGAAUAGCUACAGGUCGUUGCGACUCGGCCAAACCCGUUUUCAACGGCCUGUUCACAGAGCGGCAUGCUCUGGCCAUUUGACAUCACUGGGGCUGCUCAUCUGAUUGGCUGCCAUGGGCUGUACAAUGUGCGAAAGGAAGAUUGUUUUGUGGGGUGGUGGCACCUGUCAGAGUAGAUAUGAACCUCUCUGUGAUCUCUGUCUCUCUUGCCAGACGGCGUGCAUGCUGCCGGAUGCACUGUGUGACGGCCUCCGAGACUACGCAUAGCCUGUCGACGUGCGAUGUCGGAGGACUAGACUGGUUAGAGCUCAAAUUGUCGAGAGCGCCAGCCGAUGCCAGGAUGCCUCAAGAGUUGAGGAGGCCGGGCAGAGCUGAGAAGGAGGGUAUGAUACAAUUGUCUGUAGCGGCCUUGGUUGCGGCGUGUCGCUAAGUUCGUGGUGCGAAUGGUUAGAUGAUGCUCUAGCCUAGACGCUGACAAAACUUCAAAAAAUCGUUCAGGGUCCUUUUAGAUCUUUUGAGCAGCUCUUUUUAAAUUCAUGACUCAGUAAAGGCUGGGCUGAGUAGAGUUACUUGAAAAAAUAUGCUGGAAUACAGAUGUUCUAAUUAAGGCACUGGAAGUCUAAAAUACAGAUACUGAGAUCCAUUUAUGUUUACCAUAACGGGAUAUUUAGGAGAUGCACUUGCGAGAGGGCAAAAAACGUAUUUCAGAUUGCAGGUACAGUUACUGGAAUACAUAUCCAUUUCGGGGAUGCUGAUACUCGGAAAAUACAUUUAAUAAAUGAGUAUUAUUGUGAAUAA